GAGGGCUGGGGUGGCACUGAAUGGGGGAGCAGGACUUGGGCUCACUGAUGAUGUUUUCUCUGUCCCCCCACCUCCUCCAGGUACAUGGUGCGGGGUCCGAGCCGUGGUGAUGGCCCGAGAUGACUCCAGUGGGGGCUGGCUGCCUGUGGGGGGCGGGGGCCUCAGCCAGGUGAGCGUAUGUCGGGUCCGAGGGGCCAGGCCCGAGGGGGGGGCCCGCCAGGGGCACUACGUCAUCCACGGGGAGCGCCUCCGGGACCAGAAAACCACUCUGGAGUGCGCCCUGAGGCCGGGCUUGGUUUACAACAAGGUGAACCCCAUCUUCCACCACUGGAGCCUGGGUGACUGCAAGUUUGGGCUGACAUUUCAGAGUCCUGCAGAGGCCGAUGAGUUCCAGAAGAGUCUGCUGGCCGCACUGGGUCAAGGCUCGCUCACUCCCUCCUCUUCCUCCUCCUCCUCCUCCUCCCCUUCCCAGGACACAGCUGAGACCCCCUGCCCCCUGACGUCCCACGUGGACAGCGACUCCUCCUCCAGUCACAGCCGCCAGGAGACGCCUCCUGCCCUGGCGGUCCCCAUCGUCACCAUGGAGUCAGCUUCUGGCUUCGGGCCCGCCACACCCCCCGAGCGCCGUUCCUCGGCUCAGAGCUACCCUCCACUCCUACCGUUCACAGGGAUUCCGGAGUCCUUAGAGCCCCUGGCCGACCCCGGGGGCCCAGGCUGGGGCGGCCGAGGCUACGAGGAUUACCGGCGCACAGGGCCGCCCCCGCCCCUCGCCCUGUCCACCUGUGUGGUCCGCUUUGCCAAGACCGGCGCGUUGAGGGGGGCAGCCCUGGGGUCCCCCGCGGCACUACCCGCCGCUCUCACGGAGGCUGCGCCCCCAGCGCCCCCAGCACGCCCACCUCCGGGUCCGGGCCCCGCCCCUGUGCCUGCCAAGGCCUCCCCAGAGGCGGAGGAAGCCGCGCGCUGUGUGCACUGCCGCGCGCUCUUCCGCCGCCGGGCUGAUGGGCGUGGCGGCCGCUGCGCCGAGGCCCCGGACCCGGGCCGCCUCCUGGUGCGCCGUCUCAGCUGCCUGUGGUGCGCCGAGAGCUUGCUGUACCACUGCCUGUCAGACGCCGAGGGCGACUUCUCGGACCCAUGCGCCUGCGAACCGGGCCAUCCGCGCCCCGCCGCGCGCUGGGCCGCGCUGGCUGCCCUCUCCCUCGCCGUGCCCUGCCUCUGCUGCUACGCACCCCUCCGCGCAUGCCACUGGGUCGCUGCGCGUUGCGGCUGUGCCGGCUGCGGGGGUCGCCACGAGGAGGCGGCGCGGUGAGGACGGCCUGGCGGGUCCCCUGUAGCCGGACCAAGGACCCAAAAUUGAGGGUCCAGGACACCGGACUCCAUUCGGACCUAAAACUCAA